CAACCAUCUGGCGUCAAUAGCUUCACUACCAUUAGGCCAAGGGUUUUUUCGAGGAAACCGUGCUGUGAUUGGUUCAUGAUUCAUUGGUUCAAGAUUCUGCCCCCCGCCGGGUUCCGAAUCAAGACGAAGAAUGGUGUUGGUUUUCGCACAACCAGCAAGUUGCCAAGCCAAGACUAAUCGUAAAUUAAUUUAUCUACUAACUGUUUCAUGUUGAGAUAUUGCAAAUUGUCGUCAGCUUGUCGCACAAGUUCAGCGCACUUUGAAGCAACCAAUUUGAUUUAAUACUGAUAAAACCAGUCUGAGCUGAUCAACAACUAGAAUGUCAAUGAAAUCCUCCAAAACUCUCUCUCGAAAAACAAAGAAAAAAAUCAAUAGACUUUGCUGCUCAGAGUAGCCGCUAAUUAGUUAAAGAGACCUUCGCUAUCAUUGACUUCUUUACUGUCUGUCCUUCUUUCAAGAAGUAAUUGAAACAAUAUGACUACCAAAGAACAAUUAGGGACCUUAACUCAGCAAGCCACGACGACGAUGGAAACGAGGACGUGGCAAAACUUGCAAAAGUCCGAGGAGUUGAAUGGCCCAGCACAUGAAUUGCGAAACUUCGCGCAUUUCUUAGCCGUCUUCCGCAAAAGAGGAUCUUGAAAUAACGAACAUGUUCGUGGUCUGACAACGCCGUGAAAUCCUAGACGUUAUUUAAGUUUCCAUUUGGAACUCAAAGCAGCGCACAUGCGUAAUACUGAAGUUAAGGUGUGGCGACGUAAGAGACGGUCUUACCACAUGUCAAGGGAUAAAGGAUACUUUUUGCUCUUCUUAGGUAUGACUUGCGAGGUAAGCUGCAACGUAAAGGACAUAUUAUCUUGUUCACCACUCGGGAAGAUCAUCACGAAGACGAGUGUAAGAGAGCUGGGAAAAUCGCUCACGAGAAAAGUUUUAGUUUUUCUAGCCAUUGGAAUUCCAACUGUCGAAAGGACCCACAAGAACAAGACGGAAAGUUAUUUGACUGCAACUUUAAACUCGAUCUUGACAAGUGGUGUUUCGGGGGACGACCUCAAAGACAUUAUAAUUGUUGUUUUUCUUGCUGACACCGAAGAAUCAGCCCGCGCGAUAGUAAAAAAGAAACUACUAGAAAACUUUGGUAAAUACUUGGAGAUGAAUUUAAUUCAUGUCAUUUCGGCUCCAUCCUCGUUCUAUCCUCGCUUAAAGGGAAUUCCGUCGACUUUUGGAGACGGGCCUGACAGAAUGUACUGGCGCUCAAAACAGAGCAUGGAUUAUGUGUUCAUGUUUUAUUACAGUCAUGGCCUUGCAAAUUACUAUUUGCAUCUUGAAGAUGAUGUCAGAACUGAGCCUAACGCUUUGAGUCACAUACGAAAAUUUAUUGACCAAAGAGGCAGUGAUAAGUGGGAAGUAUUGAGUUUCAGCAAGUGGGGGUUUAUAGGAAUGCUUUUCCACGACGACAAUCUGCGAUUGUUUGGUCGUUAUCUCGAAAAAUUUUAUAGUGAAAUGCCGUGUGAUUGGUUGUUGUAUAAUUACUACACUUCGAGAGGAGGAAAAGCAAUCUUCCGAGAUAAGAACGUGUAUGAGAAGGCACUUUUUCAUCACAUUGGUCACCAGUCUUCCUCCCUUGGAACAUAACAUAGUCAACAGCCUUUCUUGUUAGCACUCGUUACCAGUUCUCCUCCAUAAACCACGGUCAGUAGUAGCCUAAUUGUCCUUCUCUCUAAAUGGAGUGGUCAUUAAUUCCGCUCUGUUCUAUUUUGUUGCUACGAAUUCGCACUUAUUUCAUACAUUCUGCUAUUUACGCUAUGAUUUACUAUAGUUCUUGUCUCUGAUUGGACGGACGAUGUAUUUCCACAGUUGUUAGCUUCUAAUCUUUAAAUGUGUCAAUUAGAAGGAAAAAAUCUCAGUCUGCAUGAUAUAAGAUGUCACAUUAUGGAAAGUGCGCACCAACGAUUUUAUUCACUAGUUACGAUGCAUCGAAAACCUCGUUCGUUCGAUGUGUUCAAUCGUUCGUUUGUUGGAUGCAUCGCAACUCGAGAAUAAAAACUUUUGUUGAGCACUUUCUUUAAAAUAAUCUAACAAAUUCUAACCUCGAGACAAACCAGCUAAGUUAAAGUUUGUAACGAUAUUGCUACGGCAUUGUUUUUGUCGGCUCUAUAAGUCUAACGAAAUACACAAAUCUGGAAAAAACUACCUUCCAAUUGAAAUUUUUUUGGAAAUUUGUGGCUAAGAAUAUUUAUCCUCGUGUCAUACGCAAAAGAUCGUUGUCCCAAUUGCGAAGAAGUAUGCUCUGCUAGGAUAAAACGCGAUUAGAGAGGAUCUUGUCCAUUUAAUCAAUGGGCUUUUUAAGAUGAAAAAAAAAACUUCUAAAGCUCUCCUUGUAAAAAGGAGCUUUGCCUUCUUAAAAAUAAAUUGCCAGCUUCAUAUCAAGGACUUGAGGAUCUAAGAAAUGGUCUUUUCAGGUAAUUGAUUUAGAGCAAAUGCUGGAUCUUAUUGGCUAAUCUUUGCUUUGUGCUCCGUUAUUUAAAUCUCACAGGUUCUUUUAUCACUGAUCUCUUGGUGAUCUAUUUCAACAUUCAAGAGCUUUAAAAAAAGGAGCCCAGGAAGGCAUUCCUUGUAACAACUAAAUUAAAUUAGCAGUUUUUUCUGAGCCUUGCGUUGUGGGUCUUGACACCUCGUUAGAUUCAGGGACGUCAUUCAUGUGCGGCCGAAGAAGUGCAUUGUUUUCGAAACGAUGGAUGGAGACCCGAGUUCAAUUUUUAGCACAAUUGAAGACAAUUCCAGAACGGCUAGGUCACCCCUUAGAUUAUCAAAACACAGCAUAUAGUAAAUUUAAGCAUUCAUUAAUGGCAGAGAUAACAACAACCGUGUGAUUUGUAGAAAAACUUCUCCUUUAACAAAGAAUUUAAAAAUACAAAAAUUGAUCGUACUAUA